UUUUAAAAUCAUAUUUCCGUCGUGAAUUUAUCAAGGACAAUGUUAUUACACAUACAUUAAGGUUCGUUUAAAAAGUUACGGCCUCCGGUCUUAAUUAGAUUGGAUUAAUUCAGUUGUGAUUCUAUUUCUACAUAGGACACCCCUGUCAUCAUUGGGUAAGGAAGUGCUUCUGGCACUUCCUUAUUCAAAAGUUUUAUUUAGGGAAAGGCUCGGUGAAAAGUUGGACACUGGUUUACAUAUCUCGACGUUGUUAUUGUCAAAUAUGAAGGGCAUGGGUCAUAUUUAUCGUACAUUUUCGCAGAACUAGCGUGCAGCUACCGCAGUUUUCUCCAUGGCUGUAAUUGUUAGAAGCUGGCUAACGUUGCACUGAGCGACUCUACAAAGAGGAAGAUGUCCACGGCUAACGUUAGCGAAGACGUCCGAGCGAAGUUUCCCCUGCAUUCCGCAGUGUGGGAGAAUGACUACAGGACACUGGAAGAACAAAUAAAGUCGGCACAGAAUGACAUUGAGGCCGUGGAUCCCAGAGGUAAGACACCUCUACACCUGGCUGUGUCGCUCGGGCACCUGGAGUCAGUGAGAGUCCUUCUGAGACACGGUGCUGAAGUGACUAAAGAAAACGGCAAGAAUUGGACAGUGCUUCAAGAGGCAGUCAGCACGGGAGAUCCAGAGAUGGUUCAGUUAGUGCUUCAGCGCAGAGACUACCUCAAAGCCUCCACUGCUCUGGGAGGAGUGCCUCAGCUGCUGGCAAAGAUCCGAGAGUCUCCAGACUUCUAUAUGGAAAUGAAGUGGGAAUUCACCAGUUGGAUCCCUCUUCUGUCCCGGGUUUGUCCAAGUGAUGUUUGUCGCAUUUGGAAAAGUGGCGCCAGUCUGCGAGUAGAUGCCACUCUUCUAGGCUUUGAAAACAUGACUUGGAUCAGAGGGCGCAGAAGCUACAUCUUCAAAGGAGAUGAUUCAUAUGCAGAGUUGAUGGAGGUGAACCAUGAAGAUGAAGUUGUGGACACUGAGCGCUUCAACAUAUCCCAAGAAAUCGAGGAUGUCACGCUAGAGUCAAUGCAGCCAGCUGAGCAGGAAGUUGCCAAAAGAUUGACCAGUCCGAUUGUCAACACCUACUUGGACACCAAGGAUAUUGCUUUCGAGAGGAUCAAGUCUGGGAUUUGGGGCUGGAGAGCUGACAAAACUGAAAUGGUCAAUGGAUUUGAAGCAAAGGUUUUCAGUGUGAACAAUGUGAGUGUGGUAAUCAGGACAAGGACCGAGCAUCUCACAGACGAAGAGAUUACCAGGAUAAAAAGUGAAAAGAACAUCCUGGAGUCUCUGCUUGGGACUGUGGAGCAGCACAUCAGUGCACAAGGGGACCUGACUCUUGAGCAUGCAACUGCCACCAAUCCCACUGCGAUCACUCCAGAGGAAUACUUUGACCCUGACUUUGACCUGGGGAACAGAGACAUCGGCCGGCCCAUCGAACUGAGCAUUCGAACUCAGAAGUUCAAAGGUACAUUGUGGAUGAGUGAGGAACAUCCUCUGUCCCUGGUGGAGCAGGUGACCCCCAUUAUUGACCUCAUGGCUCGGACCAGUUCCCAUUUUGCACGGCUACGAGACUUCGUAACCCUAAAAUUUCCUCCUGGAUUUCCUGUUAAAAUAGAGAUUCCCCUGUUUCAUGUGCUGAAUGCCAGGAUUACAUUUGGAAAUGUCAAUAAAUGCAGUACUGAAGAGGAGGCCAACAUAACACCAGCAGCUACACCAACAUCCUCAGGAGAAGAGGAAGAAGCUGCAGCUCUGCCUCCGUUUCAAGUGUGUCCUUCAGUGUUUGAGGUUCCCGCCAGUUACCAUCGGCGAGGAGGCAGCCGACACACAACCGUAUCCAACAACGACGAGGAGCUUUUGCAGUACGCCAUCCAUCAGAGUCUACUGGAGUCUCGCAGAGUCCCAGGCCAGGAGGGGAUUUGGGAUGAUGCUGAGGGGGAUUUCACUGAUGUAAUGCCCAGUAGCCAGAGUGACAGGAGUAUCCCAGAGGGGUUGCUAGUGGAAUAUGGAGACACCCCCAGCUCUGUCAGCUCCCCCUCUGCCUCAAGCCCCGAGUCAGAGCUCUGCCUGGCCAUGGAGCUCUCUGCAAGGGCUCAAGAGGAAGAGGAUAGGCUGAGGAAGCAGGAGGAAGAGGAUCUGGAGAGGAUCUUGCAGCUAUCGCUCACUGACAAGUAAAAUAAAAAUAGAAAUAAAAAAAUAAGAGGGAAUAAUAAUGCAACUUUUCCAGAUCCAGAAGCAACUACCACACCUCAAUUGUCCUUCCUUACCACUGUAGUCAUCUAUGCAACUGCAAGUUUCUUUAUGUAGCAGAUCGUUCUUGCACAGGCAAUAUCAGAUUCUCGCUAUCCAAUAUUUUCCAAAAAGUAUUUUUGGUAAGAUCAUACUCCUUUAUAUAUUUAUAUCUUAGCAUAGUGCGUCUUCAUCCUCAACUCAUGGACAGAUCAGAUCAUUCUGGCUUGGUUCUUUGCUUUAUUUAUUUUCUAUCCAAAUGAGUCACAGCAGCAACCCCCACGUGGUAAUCCUAUUGUUGCCCAGAGUGGCAAAUGCCCCCCCCCCCCCCCCCUCCCAAGGUACCUAUCCCUGGAUCUUAGAUGGCUAGAUUAAAAACAGCCUAGCCUAAUAGAAAGCGACCAGUACUGUGGACCUAAAGGGACAGAUGUAAGAUUUUUCACUGCAAGGUCUUCCUGGAGAAUCACUUUGUUGAUGACCCUAGGCUCACGGAGUAAAAGAAAUCUCAGGGUUCCAACUGUACAAAUUGUCCUAUCCCUUUGGAAUUAGUUUGUAAAUCUAUGGGAAAUUGUGGCCCGGUUAUUGUUUCUUUGGUGCAAGAUGGUAUCACUCGUGCAUAUCUGCCAUAUCAAUAUUCAUUCAGAAAGUUGGGUUCAUUGAGUCAAAGGUUCACAGGUAAAUGAAUUUCCUUGUACAUACACUCUACAGAUGGCUAAACAGAAGCAAUGUUAAUGUGAGAGGAACUAAAAAUCAGCUGCAUGGUAACGUAAUAUCUUCGCUGCAACAAGGAUGGGGCUCUAACUUUCCAGGGUUGAUUUUUAUUUUAACAUUUUCGGAGAUUUCAUGGUGAGAAGGGACAUAUUGUUGUUAACUAUCACUGAGCGACUUUAAGCAUCAUCACCUCUGUUAAAAAACGCAAAUGCAGGGACCAGUCUGUCUGUGGAUUUACAGCCUUCAUGCAGUUAUAAAGCAGUCCCGUAACCAAUGCUGCAGAGAUUAUUCAGAUUCCUAACGGAAGUCUUUUAGCCUUUUGUAGCCACAAACAACUCUAGACCUCUGAGACAGACAGCACAGGUUUAAGAUUAAACACGCCCGCCAUAUGUAGGAUUAGUUUCUUCAGCAUGUGCCAAGGGAUUCCUUUGCUCUGACGACGCUUGGAGGAAGCAAGAGGUGGUGGAGAUUUGAUGUGCCACAUAGACUAAAGUUUUGAACAGAUUUUUUUAUUUUUAUUUUAUUUUGUAACUU